UUAUAUUAAUACUCACAAAGGAAUAAUAUAAAUGUAUUAUUGCUCAAAAAGGAAUAAUAUAAAAAUUAUAUUGAUUAUACUAUUUCUUACAAUGGAAUAAUAUAAUUGUAUUGAUUAUAUAUAUUAUUGCUCCCGAAGGAUUUGGUAGCUUCAUUAGUUUUCCUGCUUAGAUGGCAUGUGAGAUCAAAACAUGGUUGAUGGUUCUUAUUCUUAUCUUUUCUGCAAACUAUUUGCAACAAUUUGUCAAUGGAAAAUCCCAAGUGCCAUGUCUUUUUAUCUUUGGAGAUUCUUUAUCUGAUAGUGGAAACAAUAACAACCUUCCCACCUCUGCAAAAUCUAAUUACAAACCUUAUGGAAUUGACUUCCCGAUGGGCCCAACCGGAAGAUUUACCAACGGUCGAACUUCAAUUGACAUAAUAACUCAGCUUCUUGGUUUUGAGAAAUUCAUUCCACCCUUUGCAAACAUUAAUGGUUCAGACAUACUCAAAGGUGUUAACUAUGCAUCUGGUGCAGCUGGAAUUCGUAUCGAGACAAGCAUAACUACGGGUUUUGUUAUCAGUUUGGGAUUACAGUUAGAAAAUCACAAAGUUAUAGUUUCUCGAAUUGCUAGCAGACUUGAAGGUAUUGACAAAGCUCAAGAAUACCUUAGCAAAUGCUUGUAUUAUGUGAAUAUUGGCAGUAAUGAUUACAUAAACAAUUACUUUCGUCCUCAAUUCUACCCAACAAGUCAAAUUUAUAGCCCUGAGCAAUAUGCAGAAGCUCUAAUUCAAGAGUUAUCUUUAAAUUUAUUGACUUUACAUGACAUUGGAGCUAGAAAAUAUGUGUUAGUAGGGUUAGGCCUUUUGGGCUGCACACCAAGUGCCAUCUUUACUCAUGGAACAAACGGGUCCUGCGUUGAUGAGGAAAAUGCCCCUGCAUUGAUUUUCAAUUUCAAGCUUAAAUUUUUAGUGGAUCAUUUCAAUAAUAAGUUCUCCGCUGAUUCCAAAUUCAUAUUUGUAAACACUACGUUAGAGUCAGAUGCCCAGAAUUCAGAUGGGUUUUUGGUUUCAAAUGUUCCUUGUUGCCCAUCAGGGUGUAUUCCUGAUGAAAGGCCAUGCUAUAAUAGGAGUGAGUAUGCGUUUUGGGAUGAAGUCCAUCCCACUGAGGCAAGCAACCAACUCUAUGCAAUAAGGUCUUAUAAUUCACAUAAUUCAGGGUUCACUUAUCCAAUGGAUAUUAAGAACCUUGUUGAACAAGAAAUUGAAAUGGAAUUGGAUUUCACUUCACAGCUUAGUGCCUCUAGUACUUUCUUCUUAGAGAUGGAAUCUAUAAUCAAAACAUGGUUGGUGGUUCUUAUUGUUUUCUUGUCUGCAAACUAUUUUAAACAAUGUGUCAAUGGGAAAUCUCAAGUGCCUUGUGUAUUUAUCUUUGGAGAUUCUUUAUCUGAUAGUGGAAACAACAAUAACCUUCCUACCUCUGCAAAAUCUAAUUACAAACCUUAUGGAAUUGACUUUCCGAUGGGUCCAACCGGAAGAUUUACCAACGGUAGAACUGCAAUUGACAUAAUAACUCAACUUCUUGGAUUUGAGAAUUUCAUUCCACCAUUUGCAAACAUCAGUGGUUCAGACAUACUCAAAGGUGUGAACUAUGCAUCUGGCGGAGCUGGAAUUCGUAUGGAGACAUACUCGGCUAAGGGUUAUGCUAUUAGCUUGGGAUUACAGUUAAGAAAUCACAGAGUUAUAGUUUCUCAAAUUGCUAGCAGACUUGGAGGUAUUGACAAAGCUCAACAAUACCUUAACAAAUGCUUGUAUUAUGUGAAUAUUGGAAGUAACGAUUACAUAAACAAUUACUUUCUUCCCCAAUUCUACCCAACAAGUCACAUUUAUAGCCCUGAGCAGUAUGCAGAAGCUCUAAUUCAAGAGUUAUCUUUGAAUUUACUGGCUCUACAUGACAUUGGAGCGAGAAAAUAUGUGUUAGUUGGGUUGGGACUUUCAAGCAGUACUCCGUCACUUUUCAAUUACAAGCUUAAAUCUCUAGUGGAACAUUUCAAUAAUAAGUUCUCUGCUGAUUCUAAAUUCAUAUUUAUAAACACUACAUUAGAGUCAGAUGCCCAGUCAGAUGGUUUUUUGGUUUCAAAUGCUCCUUGUUGUCCAUCAAGGUUGAAUGGAUGUGUAUUCCUGAUGAAAGGCCAUGCUAUAAUAGGAGUGACUAUGUGUUUUGGGAUGAAGUCCAUCCCACCGAGGCUUGGUACCUACUCUUUGCAACAAGAAUGUAUGAUUCAUCUAAUAAUCCAGGGUUCACUUAUCCAAUGGAUAUUAAGCACCUUGUUGAACAAGAAAUUGAAAUGGAAUAUGAUAUCACUUCACAGUUUAGUGCCUCGAGUUAAAUGUGUUCAAGUUACUUGUACGUGUUCAUUCUUUUACUGUAAACUAGAAUUAAAUCAAAUAAGUGCAAUUGGUUCUACCACCUUAUGUUUGAUUCUAUUUGUGUUUGAUAGUUUAUUUGAUAACUUUAGCAAAAGAGGUGACUCACAGUUAGGUGGAUGAUAAUGAUGAUAAUUAAGUUGGUUUUUACAAUUGUUAAUGGA